UGCGCAAAAUAUUACAACGGCAAAAACACAAGAAAACACAUCACAGAGCAAAAAAGUUGUAUAAAAAUUUUAUUUAGUUUGUUUUUCUAAACAAAAAUUCUCAGAAAAAAAGUGAAUUACAACAGAUGUUGUAGUGAAUGUAGUAAAUUAUUUAAAAUAAAUACAAUAAUAUUAAUAACAAUAUAAAUAAAAUAAUAAUUUCAAAACAAAACUAAAACCAAACGACUAGAACAUAUUUUUUACGGAAAGAAAAAAAAUAUAUCAAUAUUUUUGUAUAGAGAAACGCCUUAAGAAUGUAAAGCAUCGGGAAAAAAAACAUUUAGUCAAGUGUGAAAAAAUCUAUAAUAAUAUAGUAAAGGAAUUUAUAACAAAAAAUUGAAAAUUAAAUAAAUUAACCGAAAAUAAGUUAAAAAUUUUUAAUUAAUAAUUAAAAUUACAAUUAUAAUAGAAUAAAAAAUUAUAAAAUUUUUACAAAUUUAAAUAAAAAUAUAUAAAUUUUCUCUUGGCUACGUAUGUAUGAGUUAAUUUAUUUGUAGGUAGAGUAAGUGUGUAGCUUUCUCUCUCUGGAUAAAAAAAAAUAACCAACCCCCUUUUGAAUAGCGGAAAUCCCUGUUUAAGAAGAAAACAAACAACAAAACAAAACGUAACUGUCACACGUAUUAGUAGUAGUAGCAAGUGGUACUUACGUGAUUAAGCUGCGAUUAACAUUGACAUUUCAACAAAAAAAUAUUUUAAUACAUUUUACCAAAACAAUAACAACAAAAUUACUUAACCACACUCACAGUAGAUAUAGCGCAACAACAUCUAAACGAUUAAAUUCAGUAAAUCCUUGUUCUUUUUAUUUUGAAAACAACUUCCUGUAAGUUGUUUUUUUUGUUUUCAAAAAAAAAAAAAAUCAACAUGGAAUCUACACAGUCUACCACUUACGAACCGUUGGAAGGUCGUGGUUCCGGUAUACGUCACGAACCCAUGGAUAGUCCUGAGAAUGAUAUACGUGCUCCCACAGAUCAAAAACAUAAGGUUUAUUUGGCCAUGUUGGCAGCGGGCAUUGGUUUUGUUUUGCCCUACAAUAGUUUUAUAAUCGCCUCAGACUAUUGGCAGUCACGUUUUCCUGGACGCUCUGUGGCUUUGGACAUGUCAAUGACGUAUAUAAUAGUGGCCUUUGCUACCGUACUAUUGAACAAUGUUUUCCUUUCGUUGGCUCCAUUUCGGGUGCGUGUGAUGUUCGGUUAUAUUGUAUCCUUUACAACUCUUGUCUUUGUGGCUGUGUGUGAAGUUGCCUGGCAUAUGUUUGCUGCCAAUACAGAGUAUUCAGUAAAUUUGGCAGCCGUUUCAUUGGUGGCUAUCGGUUGUACAGUACAACAAUCAAGUUUUUAUGGAUUUGCAAGUAUGUUUCCUAAACGUUAUACACAGGCUGUUAUGACUGGCGAAAGUUUGGCUGGAUUUCUGGUGUCUUCCAAUCGUGUCGGUACUAAACUUUUGAUACAAAACGAUCGUGUAUCGACGGUGAUUUUCUUUUUUACUUCAACACUUUAUAUAUUGUUUAGUUAUUUGUUGCAUAUGGCCACUAUUAAUUCGCCAUUUGUACGGUAUCAUAUGAAGGCAUGUGCCAAAAUUGUUUUGCGUCCGGACGAAGAUCGUUUGAACGCUCUGGAUGGUUCAACACCCACAGCUAAAUAUGGAGUUUUAACAUUGGAACCCAGUAGUCCUACUGUACCCAUAGCCACAAGCACCACACCAGCAGCUUUAAGCUUCAGUAAUCCCGUUUAUGAACUUUCUAAUCCCUCAGCCGGUGAAAGUGUUAUAGAGGGUCUCAAUAAUUUACCCGAUAUACCGGGUACUCCACAAGAACCUACCACACCCACAACAGUAGCAUUCAAAGUAGAACAUGUUCUGACACCGGGAACAUGUACACCUGGUAAAUUAAGUGAUUUAAAAACAGGCUUUGCUUCAAGAUGGCAAGUUGCACAAUCUAUUUAUCCCUAUAUGGUGUGUAUAGCAUUGGCCUAUUGUGUCACGCUUUCGCUAUAUCCUGGCAUAGAAUCGGAAAUAGUUUCUUGCAGUUUGGGUACAUGGAUGCCGGUUUUAUUAAUGUUUACAUUUAAUACCUCGGAUUUAAUAGGGAAAACAUUGGCUAUUGUACCAUAUCCUUGGUCACGUAGACAAUUGAUUUUAAUGUCUGGCUUAAGGAUAGUUUUGGUGCCCCUUUUACUGUUAUGCUGUGCACCUAGACAUCAACCGGUUAUAUCGGGAGAAACAGCUGCUUUUAUUUUCACCAUAGCAUUGGGUGUUAGUAAUGGUUUGGCGGGAAGUUUGCCCAUGAUGUUGGCUCCAGCUAAAGUUAAUGCUACUUUAAGAGAGGUAACUGGUAAUAUGAUGACUCUUUCAUAUAAUGUGGGUCUUACGGUAGGUUCAUUUAUCGGUUACGUUUUUGAAUCUAUGCUGGGGGCUCAAGUUACAAAUCCUUGUCCCAAAUAUCCCUAUAUAAUGGAUCAUCAUCCACACUAUCAAUACACUUCGACAAGUGCAACUAUAUUAAAUAAUACAGCAACCAUAGCCGGAGCUAUAUUGACUUCCACCCUAGCCACGCCUACAACAAGUACUGAGGCAACAACUGUUUUAACAACUAUGAACUCAACAACUUCUUUGUCACCUAUCGGUUCUAUAACCACAACUACAAUGGCUCCACCGCCAUCGGUAACAUCAACGGCUACUUUGGCCGUAGUGUCAACGGUCGCAGCCACAAUUGCCACUAUACCGGAAGUAGUGAAUACUGUAGUCAAUACUGUGGUAACAACGAUCAGUGAUUUAAGUUCGGAGUUAAUAAAUGGUGGCACAAGUACCGGUGAUCCUCAAACACCCAUGGAAUUAAUUGAAAAAAUUUAAACUAAUUAAGUUCACAGAGAUUGUGAACAUGUGUGAUAGUUAGUUAGAGAGACAGAGACAAAGAGCGAAAAAGUGAGAUAGGAAAAGGUAUAGCAAGUGAAAAACUAAAUUAUUUUAUAAAAUUAUUUGUAAAAUGUCUGAGUCCAUGUUUUAAUAUAUACACGUUAAAGUGGUGGUGAGUUAAACAUGUACUAAAUGUAUGUAUGUAGUAAGUUUAAGUUUCCUCCAGAAUGUCUAAGGUUUUUUAAACAAUUCCAUACAUAUAGAUGAAGGAGCAGAAGUUAAAGAAAAAGUUGAUGUAUAUAAAAAAAUACCUUGGAUAGAAUUUUGUAUUUUUUGCUAUAAGUUUAGGGAUAAAAGUAAAACUGUAUGUGCAAGAUGAUUUAACAAAAUGUAAUGAAAAGAAUUAUAGUUUUAAAUAAACAAAGAUAUUUUUUUAAAUAUUAAGAUUUUAGUAAAAAUUUUCCCUUUCAUCAACUUGGCUACAAGUAAUAGAAUAUCGAAAUAAAACUAUUUGAAUCCCAAAAAAUUUUAAAUUGAAUAAGUAAUCAGUAGUUGCAAUGUGAUCGUACAUAUAUACUACAUCUAAAACAUCCCAUUUAUGCUUUGAGAAUAGUUCAAAGUCAAUUUAUUUAAUAACCAAUGAAGAAUAUAAAUUAUGUGAUUAUAAAAUUUAAAUUGACUUGACUCGAGUUAGUCAAUAUUUUUAAUGGCCAAGGAUUUUUAAGAAAAAUAAUUGUAAAUAGUUGCCUAAUUCAAAAUCAAUCAUUUUAAAGUUAUGGAUAUUAUUUCUUUUUUGGGGUUUUAAUCAUAAGUAUUAGAAAUUAUGUUUAGUAGAGUUUUUAGAAUUAUUAAAUACUAUUUUCUUUAUAAUUUCUCAAUUAAUUAGUUCUGAAAAAUAUAUUUUGUUGAUUUCACUUCAGUUUUGAAUAUAAGAGAAAUCUAUUAAUAUAUGUAUUUAUUGAAUCAUUACAUUAAAUUUUGUACUAUGCGUUUGUUCUGACGUUGUGACCAAGAAUAUUGGUCCUAAAGUAUACUAAUCGGUUUAGAUUCCAAGUCGUCUAUCUAUCCAUCCGUCUGUCUGUAUAUGGGUGUCUUGUAAAUCUUCUGCGAACUCUACAGAUCGCAAUUUUCAAGAUAAAUCGAUGAAAUUUUGCGCCUACUUUCAAAUCAUCCAUUAUUUCGCCCCCAUACAACAAAUCUCCCGAAUAAGGGUUUUAAGCUGAUAACUUUGUAAAAUGUUUUUGUAUCUCUUCAAAAAUUGGCAAAAAAUUAUUUAAAGUCUAAAUGAAACUGCCGAUUUUUGUAAUGAUCGGGUUUUAUUUAAACCUAUGUCCUAUACAAAGUCCGCUUCAGAAAAUAUAUUGAAAGUCUAAAUGAAUAUAUAAACACUAACAUCACAAUGAAAUUCUGCAAAAAUAUCUUUAAUAUAGACAUAUGUAGAUCUAGAAUGAUCUCUAGACUGAUCUAAAGAUUAGUCAAUAGACUGAUCUAUAGUCUAUUCAAUAGACUGAUCUAUAGUAUAGUUUGAUCUAACGACUCUUCAGUAAAAUGAUCUCUAGACUAAUCAAGACUAGUCAAUAGAUUGAUUUUAGAAUAGUUACUAUAUUGAUCUCUAGACAGAUCUAUAGACUAGUCAAUAUAAUAAUCUAUAAACUUAUCUAUAUACUGAUCUAUAAAACUAGACCUAGUUAAUAGGCCGAUAUGUUAACUAGUCAAUAUAAUGUUUUAGAAUGAAUGAACUAGUCAAUAGACCGAUUUAUAAACUAGUCGAUAAACUAAUCUGUAGACUAGUCAAUAGAUUGUUCUAAAGACUAAUCAAGACUAGCCAAUAGAUUGUAUUUUAAAAUAGAUGAUAUAUUGAUCUCUAGAGAGAUCUAUAGGCUAGACAAUAAAUUAAUCUAAAGACUAAAUGAUCUCUAGAAUAAUCAAGACUAUUCAAUAAAUUGAUCUAUAUACUAGUCGAAAUAUUGAUCUCUAGACAGACCUUUAGACCAGUCAAUAGACAGAAGAAUAAUCCAAAGACUAAAUGAUCUCUAGACUAAUCAAGGCUAUUCAAUAAAUUGAUCUACAUACUAGUCGAUAUAUUGAUCUCUAGACAGACCUAUAUAUUAGUCAAUAGAAUAAUCUUUAGACUGUUCAAUAGAUUGAUUUCAGACUAGAUAUUAACAUGAUCUCUAGACUGAUCUAUAGACUUAUCCAAAAACUGAUCUAUAGACUAGUCAAUAGCUUGAUUUUAGACUAGCCAUUAGCAUGAUCUCUACACUGAUAAUCAGACUAGUAAAUUGAGUGAACUAUAGACUAAUCUGCAGGUUAGUUAAUAUAUUGAUUUUAGGAUAAUUGAUUUUUAGACCAGUCAAUAGGUUUAAAUACAUAUGUGUCAGUAGUUUUAAAUCUUCAACUUAACCUUCAAUUUAAACUCCUCAGAAUGAAUGAUAAUCAUAAUAUCUGUAUUCUUUCGAUCCGUUCUGGUUCUCUCACAGUACAUAACAUUAAGUAAUGGUUCAAUUUAAAAUAGUCAAAUUAUUAUGCCCAAGGUACUCAUAUUUAAAUUAUAGUUAUUUGUUUAAUUUUAUUAUAAUUUAAUUUUAAACUAAAUCCACAUAUCAGUUUAUUUGCCUCACACACAAACCCAUGUGAACCAUUUAAAAUUAUCACAAAUACUUAUAUUUUUUUUGCAACAGUAAUUAUAAAUGAAUAUAAUCUUAAACUCAGAUCUACUUUAAAGUAAAACAUCAUUGAAAUACAACAAUAACAACAAAAAUAAAAGAAUAAUAAAAUAUUUGUACUGGUAUUCAAAAUAGCAAUACUAAUAAUCGAACUAAAAGAAGUGUAAAGAUCAUAGCAAUGUUAAAAACAAUAAAAAUCAAAUUUAAAGUUUUAACACACAAAUUAAUAAAAUUUUAUAAAAAAAUACCAUAGCCUAUAACUAGGCUAUUGUUAAGCCUUAAAAUAGGCACCAGUUUUUUAUACAAUUUUAUUGAUUUGUUGCAAAAAAAAACUUUAAAAACACUUUAUAUUUAAAUAUUAAUUAAGAAAAAAUAAUUUUUUGUAAGCAUUAAUGAAAUAUCUAUAAAUAUUUAUAGAAA